AGCAACAUGGCCACAGAAAGUUUCCCUGUCAUCCAGCAAAUAGGCAGGAGUACGGAUGCCAAUAGUACCGAUGUGUGGAACGCCAUGUAUCACCCAGACCUGGAACUAGCUGCCACCUGCCUGGUGAGAGAUCAGUAUGGCAACAGUUUGGAAUUUGGGGACUUGUACCGAGAUAGAAAAGCCAUCAUAAUCUUUGUGCGGAAUUUCCUCUGCUAUACAUGUAAAGAAUAUGUGGAAGAUUUGGCUAAGAUACCGAAAAGCUUUCUACAGGCUGCAGAUGUAAGACUUAUUGUCAUUGGGCAGUCAUCCUAUCUACAUGUACAGCAAUUUUGUGCCUUAACUGGAUACAAUCAUGAAAUAUAUGUCGAUACUAACAAAGAUAUCUAUUGCAAACUGGGCAUGAAAAAAGGAGAGUCUUCUAGUUCAGGAAGAAGCCCCCAUGUGAAAUCAAACAUGAUCACUGGAAGCAUCAAAAGCCUCUGGAGAGCAAUACAAAGCCCUGCUUUUGAUUUCCAAGGGGAUCCAGCACAACAAGGUGGAUCAUUAAUAGUAGGGCCAGGUAACAGAGUCCAUUUCCUGCAUCGUGAUAUGAACAGAUAUGACCAAGUGCCUAUUAGUACCCUGCUUUGUCAUGCAGGGGUGCAAACAGUCAAUUUUGGGGAAAAGCCACAAAUACUAGAAGUAUGAAGUUAUAUGGGGGGCAUAUUUACAUAUUUAUAUUUUUACGAUCACCAGUGAAAUGCUUUGAUAUAAAAAACAAAUGUACUUUUCUACUAUGAAGUGUUCUGUUUGGACUAAAUAUGAUGGUCCUGAAGAAGAAACGGGAAGCGAGAAGAUAAAUGGGAAUGUCAGCCGUGAUGGUGCCUAUAUACAGUCUCACUAUACAGCCUACAGAGCGUGGACAGAUCUUACAUAUCAAGAAUAGCUUGGUCAAGAAUGAAAAUGCUGUGUGCAUAGACCUUAUACUUAACAUUUUCACGAAAUGGGUAUUUUUUUAUUUUUUUUUAACGUUUCUGUUUUUUACCCCCAGCCUUCCCGGAUCCAUAACUUUUUUUAUUUUUCCAUUAACAUGGCCAUAUGAGGACUUGCUUUUUUUAGGAAAAGUUGGACGUUCUAAUGGCACCAUUUUAUGCUGCAUACAAUGUAGUGGGAAGCUGGAAAAAAACGAA